AAAAAAACAAAAUAAAACCAACAGACAUCUUGCAAAGCAAAUUAUCUAAUACCAAGUAACAUAUCAGAAAAAGCAGAGCACAGGCAAGGAAAGAGAAAAACCAAAUCAGAGGGGAAAGAAAGUUCCAGGGAAUCAAAGACCAAGACACCUGCCUGAAACAUUGAGGAAGGUGCUAGAGUAAAGGAUUGAAUGGUUCCUUCAAGAGAUCCUGGGGGAAAACAAAGCAGCAAGAAACUGUCAGGAGGGUGCUGGCAGCCUGGCUUGGCAGGGAAAAACCACCUCAGAUCAAUUCAAAUCUUUAUCUAACUGGGUUAGUGGCCACGAGAGAAGCCAUGGUUGUGCCAUAUCAUGAGAUCAAAUAUGCUUUCAGCAGAAAUAUGAAGUGCCUUCACAUGUGAAGGGCUCUAAAAUAAGUGGGAAAAAAGCACUGGUCAGCAGCAGCUUCUGGCCAAACUCAAGAGAUUUUCAAGUGGAGAUACACAAGUCUGUCCUACAGCAGUUUCUCUGAAAUUCACAGUGAGAAAAUGAAUGGAGGAUGUGAGCUAUCAAACUGUGGGCUACAUGGGAAGGGAACAUGAGUGCUUCCAUUGUGGUUAGAAACUGUGAAAACCUGUUAGGAACCAAACACAGGAAUCAAUUAAACACAGGUGCAAAACACUCUAUGAGGUCAAGCAGCAGUAUAGCAGGCGGGCAACAAUCCCACAGAAAGGGAUGGGGAGCCUAGUGGGAAGCAAAGUUGAUGCCAGAGACAGAAGAAAUCAAAAAGAAGGAAUAUCUCAUUUGUGAGGUUAUCUUUGUUACAGCAUUGUGUGUGAAGCACCUGGGGUAACUCUUCUGUCAGCAACAGUGUUUGUGCCUGUUGCACCAACAAAAAUAUGCUCAGGACAAUCACAACCCUGAUGGAAAGUACAGUCUUUGGAAAUAAGGAAUUAGAUUCCCCCCCCCACCACCACCACGAAAAAAAAAAAAGAAAGCACACAGUUAUGAUUUUCUAAUAUGCAAAAGAAAUUAAGGGCAAGGACCUACAUGCUUCCAUUCCCCUUGAGGGUAAGACAAAUAGCAAUGAGUUUAGCAGCAGAUUUGUUGAAUACUUAAAAAACUUUCAGGAUAAUGAAGCAAUGCAACAUUUCCUGAGUGUUUUAAACAACAUUCAAGACCAACAUGUAAAAGUUGCUGUAUAUCAUAUAUAAUCACAAAAUGGUUUGAGUUUGAAAGGACCUAAAACAUCACCAAGUUCCAACUCCCCUUCCAUUAGACUAGGUUGCUCAGGGCUCCAUCCAACCUGGCCUUGAACACUUCCCAGGAUGGGGCAUCCACAACUUCUCUGGACUACUUAUUCCAGGGCCUCAUCACACUCACAGUAAAAAAUUUCUUCCUAAUAUCUAAUCUAAACCUGCUCUCUUUGCAAUCAUGUUUUGCAGAGAGGGGAAAUGCAAUAGGUGUUGUUUAAGGACCUUUCCAAGCCAACACUGCUGAAUCAGAAUGAGCAGUCAACAAAUGGAAAACAAAUUGCAGACAUGGAAGAAAAACCUUCUUUGUUGGGGGUCCCAUGAUUUGGUUUUACAAUUGAGGUUACUACUGGGAAAUUUAUUUAAACAUGCUUCCUAUAGCAAAGAGCAAGUGUGAGGUGGAGUCUUUCUCUCUCAUCAACUUGUUAAGCUGCAGGUGGCACGGGCUGAUCCCUCUGUGGCUCAGGCAGGGAUCUGCCUGGAGACUGGAGCUGCAAUGACUGGUUUUCAUAGAAACCAGGCAGAGGGACCAAUUAAACAAUGUCAGCAGUAACUGAAGCAGCAGGAAAACACUGUCAAAACCAAGUCCCCGUUGGGUCAGAGCCCUAAGCUACGUGGGAAAGCAGAUUGUUCCAAUGGCUGAUUCCAAAUGCUGCAGCUGGAUCUGUUUGAGCCACGUGUCCAUGUCUAUCUCCCUGAAAUAUGCAGAAAACAAAGGGAAACACCAGCACAUCACAGCAGUGCUGAAUAACUGUGUUUGUUCUGCUUUGUUACUCAUUGCAAAACUGGGCUGGGAUUUCCUAGCCAGCAACUUGUUCCCAGGACAGAACCUCUUAGACUGCCCAGGACAGGCAUCAGCCUGUGGUACCAGGGAUUCCUGUGGAGUCAGUGCUGCAGAUGGGGUAACUGUUUCAAAUGCUUGCCUCAGUUUACUUAAUUGCCUUCCUUGAAACCGUGCACCCAUAUUGGAUGCACAUGGCCUGCUUUUUCCCAUUUCAGUGUUAAAAGAGGUCAUGUUGUAGGAUUGCAACCUCAGAGCAGUUUCCCACCAACAUCCCUCAAACAAAAUCCUUGUGCCUCUCUCCAGCAUUUGUUUCUGUGGGUUCCUCAACCAGCUCGUCCUAGAAGCCAGGAUUUAUUGCAACCAAACAUUCUGCUUCUGCACCUCAUCCUGAUGAGACACUGAUGCAGCCAGUAUGCAGGCUCCCACUCAUGCCACCAACUGCUGCUCCUCUGGCCUCACUGACAAUCUCACAGAACUCAAAAAGGAUAGUGCAGUCCUACUACAGCAUUUUUAUCAGUAGCAACUGGGAUUUCCACCCACAGGUUUUUAGGGUGCUUCUCUUUUCCUGUAAUAUUUUUAUGCUGUAACAUUUUUAUCCUUCACAUACAGCAUCACUCUACAUACAGCAUCACACCUCCACAUCCUACUCAGUGGUUCCUGUGAGGCUGGGAGUGCUGUAUUUCAUUGGUUUUCUAGCCUCCACCAAGUGUCUGAGACAACUUCUGAGUCAAGGUUGUCAUUUGGUCCAGGCAUUUGGGUUCUGGCUUGAUUUUGAAGUCUCUAGCAACUGUACAAAAACACCUGCAAGUUUGUCUUUGCUUUGUUGCUUAAUAUUGCAUGUGCCAAAUCCUUGCCACUGUAUUCUGUCUGUUUUGUCUUUCUCACCUAUUGUGAUCAUGCUGUUUAUUUCCCUCAUGUUUUUUUCAGAGCUAAACUGAACAUCAACCUUGCUCACCUUACAGAUCACAUGAGUUCAAAGAUACUCUGCAUUUGUCAGCUUUCCCCUGCUUUUAGUGGAAAUGUUCCUCUAAAAGCUCUUCCAUUUCCAGUGACACUGGUUGUUUAUGCUACAGCUCAGGUGCAGCCUGCCCCUUCCAUGCUGCACCUCUCAUCUGUGUUUUGCCAGUUCCUCACGUCUCACCCAUCUACAAAUCCCUGUAUUUUCCCAUGAGGCCAUCUUGCAGCCUCAGGACACAGACCUUCUCCCAGCAUCGAGAGCACUGUGCCUUCCUAACAUGGGCUGGGUAACCUCCCACAGCUUAAAUGGGUUUGAUUGCCUUGGGAAGCGUGUGUCAGCCUAGUUUCUCCCCUGAAAGCAUAACUAGGAUCACUCAUUUCUUACCCACCUCUUAUCAAGCUAAUUAGCAAUUAGAAGAAAUGUUCAAGAACAUGAAAAAACCCCCACAGUGAGGAUGUGGCUGACUUGAGACUCUACUGCCUCAGCCCUCGGUCUUCCACAAACACUCAAUUUCCAAGAACUGGAAAGGUUUUUGUUCCAAAGCAGGCAAGGAGAAAUUUGACUCAUUUUUGUCCUUUAAAUCAGGUUUUAUUUUAUUAAUUCCCUGCUUAUUCAGCCACCCCUUGGCUGACUCAGAUCAAGAAACUAACAAAGUUUUUAAAGGGGUUUGGUUGUGUCCAUAGUUAGAGAAACCAGGUUUAUAGAUUCCUGUCAUAAUAAUAAAAACCCAGGCAGCACAUUUUUGUACCUUUCCUCUCAAAAUGAAGACAAGCUCUAACAAGGCACAGCUGCAUGCCUGAGCCAUAAAUGCUAUAACAGAGGAAGAGAUUAUCCCACAGAUGUUUGCCCUGAACCAUUUAAUUGCUAGAGACAAUUCUUCCUUCCUGCCAGACACAUGAGAAGAGUGAAGAUACUAGAUCUGGUCCAGUGCCCUGCAGCCUGACUUCUGGGUAAAUCAAAUUGUCCCUGCCCUGUGACUCUUGUGAUCACUAAAGAGCUGCUUGCUAAUCGAUCACGGAUACUGAUAUUGAAUGGAUCACUGUGGCCCUUGUGAUAUGUACUAUAGGUGGAUGUCCUACAUUAACCACAUGCACAAAAUAUUUCAGUAGUAGAGUGUCAUCAUCUUACUGCAAAACUUCCACACCUUCUCAGUGAUUUAUCAUGGGCAGCUCCUCAGAGCACUAACUCCUUCUUCUUCUUCUUCACAGCAAAACCAACAAACUCCAACUCUCUUCACAGCACAGCCAACAAACUGCAGCUCUCUCCUCAACCAGCUAACCCACUCUUUUGUAGCACUCAUCUUCUUACUGGACACAGCUGUGGCCUAUUAAGGGCAGGCCUGUUCCUAAUCUUUGGUGAUUAGUGCAGCUGCAACUCCUCAGGUGUGAGAUUACCUUCUGCACUAUGUUUAUUUUCUUACAUUCUAUCCCCCCACAGUAGAGCUGUCAGGUUGCUCUAGGUGGAGGCUGAAGGGCUAGCUGAAUAUAAAGUCCCAGGGAAUUCAGGUGAAACUGUCCAGGUGUGGCAAAGGAGGUUUGUAUAGAGAAUAUGUGCAGAGAAUAAAGUUGUAGAUGGUAUGAGUGCCUCAAUUACUGUGAUGUAGAAGAAGCAAACUAGUACAUCCUUUAUGUUUCUGCCCCAGAAAUAAGGGAAUAGUAGCACAGACCAUUUGGAGAUUACUGGUUUGUGAAUCACCUUUGGUGUUUUUUGCAUUUUUUAAAUGUCACAUGUUUUGAGCCACAUUUGUUCUAUUCUCCUUCCUGUCAGAUGCACUUUCCUGUUUCAACCUUCUUUACACUCAGUCAUAAUUGUGAACCUGAAGAGCCCCAUGCUUGAGCUGCUGUGACUUUUUGCAGCUGAUUCUCUAUGGUAAGUAUCAACAGCACAGCAAAAACUUACAGAAUCUCUCAGUGCAAUGACACGGGGCGAAUUCCCCCGAUAAAAAUGUAAAAGAGCUGCUGAAAGAGCAAAAUGGCAUUUCACACCCUCAAAAUCUGCCGUGGGGGAGAAGCGGGUCAGGAUAGAUUCUGCCGCGGGAGCUCUGCCAUCCAGUGGCUGCUUUCCUUACUGCUGCACAGUUACAGUAGCUUUGAAACCCACACGGCCUGCUAAUUUGGGGUUGUUGACCUUUGUAGUUUUUGUGCAAGAGGGGAUAACAACAGGGGCCUGGCGUAGUCUCUGCACAUCCGAAUGCCGAGCAGUUGCAGCUCUGGUCAUGUUAUUGUUCCUGGAUCUUUGCCUGCAAAAAUGUCAUUAAAUCCAGAAGCACAUUUUCCCAUUGUCAGCAUGUUAGUGCUUCCAAGAACUGAAGGGGAGCAGCCUCAGACAAGGCUCCUCCUAGCUCCUCCACGGGUCCUAGCAAUGUGACUUAAAAUUGAAUUAAAAGCUAUUUCAUUUUUUAAAUUCUAAUUGUGUUUUUGCUGCAGAACAGAAUCCCUGUUGGGUUUGGGAGGAUGCACAAGUUGUUAAGUGUUUCUGUUUCUUGUAAGACCAGUGGGGGUGGGAAGUGCACGGAGCCAGCUGUUCCAGAACACUGCCAGCAGAUACAAAGCCCAUUUGUCUCCAGGAAGUGCAUUGAGAAUGUGAGGAGAGAUCCUGCAGCAAACAUGUCAGGUCUGUAAUCUCUAAUAUUCUUGUAAAUGAUUCACUGUACCAAAGUCUGUAUUCCAUUAGAUGAAUUGUUCCUCUCAGUUGAUGUUUGUGUGUUUUCCCUCCUGCAAUGGUGUGUUAAGACAACAGAUAAAUGCAUAUAAAUUGCAAGUCAAACAAUCUGCCAGUCAGAUACAUUGUAAUGGGUGUAAUUGAAGGAUGUUUUGGUUUGAUUUUCCUGUAGCUAUGGAAAAGCAAGCUGGAGCCAAUAGUGUAGGAUUUCAAUUGACUCUCAUGGUUUUUACCUUACUUUUUAAAAAAUUUUGGAAUAGAAAACCUGCCUUUUUGAGAUGCCUUCCUCCACUGGCCAUGCAGGCAGCCCAACCCACAAGCUUAGACUAAGACAGCUAAGUUUUAGGUAAUUAGGGGAGAUGAACUGGGCACAAAGCACCAGUUCACAAGGUACAUGAGCUAGCAUGACUAAGAGGUAAUCCCCUCCAGAGCAGGCCAUACAUACAGACUGCAUCUGCUAGCACAAACACCUGCACUAGUAUCAGAAGGAUGCCAUGGGUUUGUCAGGGAUCUGAAAGCAUUUUAACAGCAUGAGUCACACAUUGCCUUGGCCUGCCAUCUGGUUGUAAAGACUGCUCUGAGCUGGUUUGAGUUGAAACCAGCACCUGUUCUUAGGCUGUUCAGAGUGUUAUGGGAACAUACUAAUGUUGACACAACCGGAGCUUUGGGGCCACUGUGAAAGCAGACGUCUGAGCUGUAGGUAGGCACUGAGUUGUUCAUUACCCCCUGACACCUGUGCACAAGCUCAUGCCUAUUAUGGAUCCUGGUCUCUGACUGUCAGUCACUGCCAAGCAAGCAGAUAUUUUCACAAUCAAUCAACUAAGAUCCUACUCGGGCACAUAAGUUUACGUUGGGAAUAGGGUUGUCUUUGAGAUGACAUUUAAGACCAUCACAGAAAAAAAUCAAAGUCUGCUGGGUGCAUCCAACCUCUGAACAUACUUUUCUCUCUCCACUGAGAGUUUCCCUGAAAACCUGAACUUCUGAACAUUUCUUCACUAUAGUCCUAAAUUCAAAGGGACUAAAUCUGGGACUAAUCCACACAAAGGCUUAGAUUUAAAACAAGACUCACCUCACUUUCAAUCUGCAUGCUAGGGAAAUGCCCUCUGAAUCUGAAGAAAAAAGUCUUUUAUAUCUGUGUAUUGAUUUCUAAGGUACCCUUCAGUAAAAUUAGUCAAUUCCAUCUUUGUUUUCGCUCUAAACAGAUUCAGAAGGAUUCAAAAUGUCAGCUCAGCCAUAAUGACCUUUAGAAAAACUGGGUUUGGAUUCUAAAAUGAAAGGCAAAGUCAUGCAUGUCAUGUUGUAGAGGUUCCUGCCUCAGAGAAGACAGCAGAAGAACAUGGAGAAAUACCAGGCCAAAAUGGCAAAAGCUGGCAAUGGUGAGGGUCUUGCUCCAGCUGUGAUUGACUGCUGGUGUUAUAUUUCAAGGGCUGGGACAGAACUGAAGGAUGGCCUGGGUGACCAUGGAAAUGCAUUUGGCUUAAUGCAGGCUGGCAAACAGAACCAUAAGAUUGGCAAGCCAUGGGACACUGAAGAGCACUUAGCACAAGACACAGAGAUUUUAUACAGGAUGAUAAAUCCAGGAAAAAAACCUCCAUUUUGGACAGAGGAACAGCACCUCAUAGGAGGAAGGCACCUCUGUUUAUGUGUUUCUUUCACCCUCUCUCCAGGUGGGAUCUCAGCCUAUAAUGCAGCAGUUAACACAGUCCAGACCUAUGACAAAAUGGGUACUGGCAAAACAUACAACUAUGCCAAAGAUGUGGAUGUGAGAGCCAGGUUUUAUAAGAAAAAUGAAUAUUGAGAUCUCUGAGUAAUGAUUAGAUUUGAGGCUCUGAUUGCAUACUUUGCUUCUAAUUAAAAACAUUCAGAACUUCUCCUCCAAAACCAGUAAGAAUGGGGCAGGACAUCAAAGCCAGGAACAAGAACAAACUUGCAAUGGGUUUUUUUCCAGCUAAGACUAAAAAAACUUAAAAGAGAACACACCUAAUAGCCCAAAA